CAAAUUUACUUUUACGAAUUAAGUGAAUUCUCGUGUCACGUAAUUCUUAAUGAUUGCCUUCAUUGAAAAAGCAUAAUAGUGAAACUGCGUCAUUUCUCUUCGAGUUCAUUAUAAAGAUCAGAAAACGCACCAGAUUCUUCAGAGAUCGACAAUAAUUGGGAUCUGUCGGCAUGGUGGUAUUAUUUGUAGACAGUAUAUUUUUACUUUACCCGCGUUCGAUCGAUGUCUGUAACUGUUAACCUCAAAAUUGAAUAAUACAACAGCGAGAUGUUGAGCCAUUAGUGGAUUUUACAAAUCUCGGGAUGUAGGUAUAAUUAUUAUUACAGACCCCUUUUUUUACGCACGAAACUUCCCGCUGAACUGACUUGUCCAUUUUUAUCACGAUCGUAGAUUUAGCGAGCGCGCGCACGAGUCGGCUCAACUAAAACGCAAGUAAAACUUCGAGUCCACGAGUUCAGUCUUAGACGAGACGCCGCGCUAUGCUCUACGACGUAUCCUAGUUCCGCGUUCACCCUAUACAAAUUAAUUGGAUGAAUCGCAGCCACCACGGGGUAGAAGACAAAACAGUGAAGUGAAGUUAAGACAAAGAAAUUGUUCGACGAAUACAUGUUACUUACAUAUUUCAGUGUGAUUUAAAAUUUUGGUUUACACGUGAACCUUGAACAUCUCUGAUAACCAAGCGUACAACAAAGGCAGGUGUGAUACGAUCGACUAGAAUAAAACGUAUUCUACGGAGAAGGCCUGUAAAAAUUUUAUUAAGUACAUACAUACAUAUAUGGCAAACUAAACUCUACUAGACAUGACUCGAAUAUGAAUAUUAGCUGCAAAAGUCUGAAAAGCAUAAUAGAAAAGUAUGUACUCCGUCGGCUUGUUCUUGGUGACACUGGGUACCGUAACGAGUGGUGGAGUCUACCUGAAUGUUUCCGGGGACAUCACAUUGGGUGCCUUGUUUCCGGUACACAGGAAAGGCACCAGCGGCGAGGCUUGUGGGAGAAUUCAACUGGAAGAUGGCGUGCAGCCCUUGGAAGCCAUGCUGUAUACGAUACAUCAAAUAAAUCAGGAUCCACAGAUACUGCCUGGUAUUCGAUUAGGAGUCCUUGCAUUCGACUCCUGCGACAACCCCAGCUACGCAUUGGAACAGGCCUUGAAUUUUGUUAAAGGUUUCAUAGCUCACGUUAAUCAAUAUCACGAACAGGAAUUUCAGUGCUCCGACGGAAGUUCACCGAAAUUUUUUGGCGGAAGUUACGACCAAGUCGUUGCCGUUUUAGCUGCUCAAAGCAGCUCAGUGACUCUUCAGAUCGCUGCCAUGCUCAGACUCUUUUCCGUGCCGCAGAUAUCCUACAUGGCGACUUCGCCGAGUCUUAGUAGCAAGGAACGUUUUCCUCAUUUCUUUCGCACGGUGCCAAGUGACGUGAAUCAAGCUCACGCCAUGCUGGAGAUUCUCAAACAAUUCGAGUGGACUUACGUGUCUGUUGUAUACUCGGACACGGAAUACGGGAACCACGGGUACGAGACUUUGGUUUCCUUAGCCAACAAUUACUCGAUUUGCUUCAGUGCGCCUCAGAGAAUCGAAAAGGAACAUUUCACUGCAGAGGAUUACGAUAACGUCAUACGGACCAUCGCGAAUAAAACUGAAGUUCGCGUGGUUGUCCUCUUCGCGGAGAAAAUAAUGACCCUCCGAGUUCUCGAAGCAGCUAGACGCAUUGGCGUCGGGACGCGCUUUGUCUGGAUCGGAAGCGACGCUUGGUCAACGAGCAGUCACAAGGAAUUUCUUAAUCCUGAAAACAGUAAGGAUCAGCAGAUGGUUGUUCUGGAGGGAGCUCUGGCCGUUCAGCCAUUGUCUAGGAAUGUCAUGGGAUUCGAUGACUACUUCACUAAUCUCACUCUUGAUCAUGAGAAGAUCAAUCCCUGGUUCCGAGAAUUUUGGCUAGAAUAUCACAGAUGUGGUGGGAGAAACUUUACCACAGGGGACCAUCGCAAAACCGAGGUCGCUGUAAGCUCCGAUGAUCCUGACGCCAAUUGUCUGAAUUCUUUAUUGAAGAUCAAUCGCAGCACUGGGUACAAGCAACAAAAGUUCUUACAUUUCGUAAGAGACGCCGUAUAUGCCGUCGCGUAUGCAUUGCACGGAAUACAGAUAGAGAAAUGUGGAAAGAAAUCAUAUGGAAUGUGCAAGGAAAUGAGACACGUCGACGGCGAUGUGCUGGCUAAGUAUAUGUCGAAUGUUAAUUUCAAAGACGAAGCCGGAAAUAAGUUUAAAUUCAUUAAUAACGUGGAUGGCCCACCUAGAUACACAAUUUUGAAUUACCAAAAAAAUGUGGAUGGCACUUACCACUGGCAGGUCAUAGGCAACUAUACGCAAAGCGACAGCGGCGCGCCUAAUCUUUACAUAGAAGCGACAGCGAUGAAGUACAGAAAUCAAACGGAAGGGGGCCGUCGCUUCUUUCCGAACUCAACCUGCGCUCAACCCUGCGAACCGCACCAGGUCAAAGUGCGAGAGAAGCAGGACGCUUGCUGCUGGCGUUGCAGAAAUUGUGGAUUGUAUCAGUACAAGGUGGAUAAUCAUCGAUGUGAAGAUUGUCAAUGGGGUACCAGACCCACAGCCGACCGGACCCUCUGCGAGCCAAUUCCUGAGGAGUUCAUCGACUAUUUCAGUCCUUGGGCUGUGGUAGCGAUGGCAGUUGCCAGUUUGGGCAUCCUGCUGACCAUUUUUGUCCUCUCUAUUUUCCGGAUCUACAGCGAAACGCCUGUGAUAAAAGCAUCUGGCCGAGAACUCUCGUCUCUGUUGCUGCUUGGAACUCUUUUAUCGUUCCUUACGACCUUUGCAGUCGUAGCCAAACCAAAUACAGGAACUUGUGCGGUUACUAGAUUUGGGAUUGGGUUAUGUUAUACCUUGUGCUACGCCGCUUUAGUUACCAAGACGAACAGAAUUCAUAGGAUAUUUAAUAAUACCACGCACAGUCCUCAUAAACCAAGGUACACCAGUCCGAAGUCCCAAUUGGUAAUAACAGGAAUUCUAACGCUAUUCGAGGUAUUCAUAAAUGGCGCUUGGCUUUUGAAAGUCCCGCCAUCGGUAAUUCACUUAUAUCCCACGAGAGACAGCAGGCUCAGAAUUUGCCAAGGAUUGGACGAUCGAUCCUACAUGCUUGGACUGAUAUAUCCAUUCGUCCUUAUAGUGAUCUGCACAAUUUAUGCAGUUAAAACAAGAAAGUGUCCAGAGGGAUUCAACGAAACACGGCACAUAGCUUUCACGAACUACACAACGAUAAUUCUCUGGCUAGCAUUCGUUCCCCUAUACCUGGCGUCGACAAGUAACUCCAUAAGGGUGGUAACCCUCGCAUUGUCCUUGUCGAUAAGUGGAUUGGUCCAGCUGGCGUGUCUUUUCUUUCCGAAAGUCUACAUCGUCCUAAUGAAGCCCGAGAAAAACACGAAGGAACUGGUGAUGGCUCAGCACAGAAGCACCUCGUAUCUCUCGACGCCGACGACGCCGGUUGUUAUCCUAAAUGGAAAUUUUGCCCACUCCUAUGUCCAAGGCAGCGAUUCCUCGAUCAGGUCACCUGGUAAAGACGACUCGACGAUUAAUCACUGUAAAUAUUAAUAAGUGCGAGGGAACAAGGAGAUAUAAUCAGUGGUUGUGACCGAGGUCAGAAAUCAUAUCAUAUAAUCUCGCAUAGUAAGUUUACCUAAGGAAAAUGGAACUUCUGACCUCAAGGAGGUCUGUGUGUAUCUGACUAUAUUCAGAGUCGUAUACGUAUCUUUGAUAUUAUGACAGUUUCGAUAUGAAAUUCUAACCUUUACAUCUAAAGGUGAAAGAUGGAAGGGAUGAUCUCAGGGGGGUGUAUUAUUAAACUUGUAACCGUGCAAGGUAUUGUCUUGUACUUACAAUUGGGUCUAGUUGAAUCAUUCCAAAUCAACUUACAAUUAGUUGAAUUAUUUUCGUGUCAUUUGAUUUUAUUUUAA